AUGAAGUGUAAAAAUUGUCAAAUUAACAAAUUAUCUAAAGAAUUUCCUAAUGAUAUGAUAACUAGUAAAUGUCAACAUGUUCCGAAUUUUUGUUUGAAAUGUGUAAUAAAUUAUUUAAGUAAUAGUAAUUUAAAAACAAAACAAUGUCCCGAGUGUAAAUCACCUCUCGAUCAAAAAGAAAAUGCAAAUUUAAAAUUGGCGUGGGAUAAAGCACCUUUUAGGAUUGAUAUCGAUAGUAUUUCAGCUUUGAACGUACCUAACAAUCAAUCGAAAAAACACGGCGGACAUUUCUAUGUUGUAAUGAUCAAUGGGCUUAAAGUUAGAGUAAAUUUGGAAAAAACAAAAACUGUUCUUCAGCUUAAGCAAGCGGUAAAAGCAGAAAUACAUGUGCCAGUUAAUAAGCAAAAAUUAAUUUAUAAUGGAGUUGAAUUAAAGAAUAAUUUAUCGGAAUAUAAAAUUGUUGAAAACUGUCACAUACAAUUGAUAGUUUUACUUUAUUCAAUUUCCAAAGGUCAAGCACUCAAAAGUUUAACAUUUGAUUUGCAUUGGGGAUUUCCUGGUGGCAAAGUAGAUUAUUUGGAUGGAACUUGUCUUCUUUAUCAAGAUAACGUAUAUUUUAAAAGAUUCGAUUGGAAUUCAAAAACACAUCCAGAUAUUCCAAAUAUGUCUCAUUCAGGUGAUAAAGUGGACAACGCAAAUCAAACAGCUCAUCAUUGUAUAAAAGCAAACUUGUCAGAUUUACCAUCAACCAUAACAAGAUUAUAUUUUAUAUUAUCGUCAUGGAAUUCUCCUAAUAUUGGAUGUUUUCCUAAUCCAAGUUUUAAUUUGUAUGAUAGUAAUAGGCCUGAAGAUGAACUUUGCAACUAUGAACUAAGAUAUGCAGCCACUUCAAAAGCUGUGUUAAUGUGUGCUGUCAUUAGAAAUAAAAAUAAAGAUACUUGGGAUGUAUUCGAAAUUGGUAAAUUAUCAGCUGGAAAUGCUAGAGACUAUGCUCCACUCAAAGCUACAAUUGAGUCAUUAUCAAUUUAUUUAUAA